GCGAGAGCGCGGCGCCCUCAGCACCGGGAGCUGCUGGCGGCGGUGGCAGCAGCAGCGGCGCGGGCCGGCAGAAGUUUUCUCCGCAGAUCCCUCCCGCAGCCCGGGGUCGUCUUGCGGAGGCGCCGACAUCCCCGUUGGGUGUGUUUUGCUUUUUUGUUUGUUUGUUUGCUUAAUUGCUUCUAAAAUUUUUUUAUUUGUUGCUUUUUGAGCCGCGUGGCUCCGGGGGCUUGCCCUCCUCUGCCUGUGUCACCUCCACCCCGCUGCCCGGAGGACCCGCACUCCGCCCGCCCUCCUGUUUCCACCGCCGCGCACGACCCCUUCCCCCGACCCCCUACGCUCGCCCGAAAGUUGGCGGGUGCGCGGCGCCUGGCGGGGAGGGUGCCGGCCGGCCGCCCAGCAGAUGUCAUGUUUUUCUAAUUCUGUGACGAUCCUGUUGCUUUUGGUUGGAUUCUUUCCAGCUGAUCUUUUCUGAAAUUUGCUGAAGACUGGAUACAACAUCGUGCUGGAAGCUUUAUCAGCCACAAGUAGGACAGAACCGUUGCUCCACGAUUCUCACAGGUUAAGCAGAGAAGCUUUCUUUUGAGUGUUUUAACUGUGUGAACAAGAGGUCCUGUGAAGCAGUAGAUGUAAUUUGAAGAAAAUUUGAAGGAACAAAUGGCUUUAGCUGGCUGCCCAGACUCCUUUUUACAUCUUCCUUAUCGGAUAGACAAUGUAGAUCAGACUUCGGCUCAUGGUCGGCGGGAUCUGGUGGAACCGGGUUUCCAAGAACCAUCUAACCGCAUCUCCCUCAGUCACCAAGAUGACGAUGUGGACCUGGAAGCUUUGGUAAACGACAUGAAUUCCUCAUUUGAAAGUUUAUACUCUGCGUGCAGCAUGCAGUCGGAAUCCACUCCGCUCCUCCAGAACGGCCAGCUCAGCCGCAGCCAGCUGGGCUCCUCGGGACCCGGCGCGCUGCAGCCGCUGUCCCCCAGGCAGAAGGUGCAGCGGUCUCAGCCUGUGCGCAUCAUGGCAGUCAGGCGCCUUCAAGAAGAGGAACAGCAAUUCAGAACAUCGUCUUUGCCGGCCAUCCCAAAUCCCUUCCCAGAACUCUGUAGCCCCGCAAGCUCUCCAGUGCUGGCCCCAGGAUCUUUACCUCAGAGUCAACCUGCUAGUAAGCAUGAUGUAAAAGUCUUUAGUGAAGAUGGAACAAGCAAAGUGGUCGAGAUUCUAGCAGACAUGACAGCCAGGGACCUCUGUCAGCUGCUCGUUUACAAAAGUCAUUGUGUGGAUGAUAACAGCUGGACUCUAGUGGAGCAUCACCCUCACCUAGGAUUAGAGAGGUGUUUGGAAGAUCAUGAGCUCAUAGUUCAAGUCGAGUCCACAAUGGGAAGUGAAAGUAAAUUUUUGUUCAGGAAGAAUUACGCAAAAUAUGAGUUUUUCAAAAAUCCCGUGAAUUUCUUUCCAGAGCAAAUGGUUGCGUGGUGCCAGCAAACAAAUGGCAGUAUCCCACAGUCACAGCUUUUGCAGAACUUUUUAAACUCCAGUAGCUGCCCGGAAAUUCAAGGUUUCUUGCAUGUGAAAGAACUGGGUAGGAAAUCAUGGAAGAAAUUGUAUGUGUGUUUGAGAAGAUCGGGACUUUACUGUUCUACAAAAGGAACUUCAAAGGAGCCAAGACAUUUGCAACUGUUGGCUGACCUGGAAGACAGCAAUAUCUUCUCAUUGAUAGCAGGCAAGAAGUUGUACAAUGCGCCUGCAGAGUAUGGAUUUUGUAUAAAGCCCAACAGAGUGAGAAAUGAAACUAAGGAACUGAGGUUGUUGUGUGCUGAAGAUGAGCAAAGCAGGACGUGCUGGAUGACUGCCUUUCGACUCCUCAAGUAUGGAAUGCUACUGUAUCAGAAUUACAGAAUUCCUCAGCAGAGAAAAGCCAUGCUUCCACACUUUUCCACUCCCGUAAGAAGUGUAUCUGAAAACUCACUAGUAGCAAUGGAUUUUUCGGGGCAAAUAGGAAGAGUUAUUGAAAAUCCUGCUGAAGCACAGAGUGCUGCCUUGGAAGAAGGACAUGCUUGGAGGAAACGUAGCACAAGAAUGAACAUCUUGGGUAGCCAAAGUCCACUCCAUCCUUCCACGCUGAGUACAGUUAUUCAUAGGACACAGCACUGGUUUCACGGCAGAAUCUCUAGAGAAGAAUCUCACAGGAUUAUUAAGCAACAAGGGCUUGUGGAUGGACUAUUUCUUCUCCGGGACAGCCAAAGCAAUCCAAAGGCUUUUGUACUUACGCUGUGCCAUCAUCAAAAAAUAAAGCAUUUUCAAAUCUUGCCGUGUGAAGAUGAUGGACAGAUAUUUUUCAGCCUGGAUGAUGGGAACACCAAAUUCAGUGAUCUAAUCCAGCUUGUUGAAUUCUAUCAGCUAAACAAAGGAGUCUUGCCCUGCAAACUCAAACACCACUGCAUCCGAGUGGCCUUAUGACCUCAAAUCUGACUUUCACUGAAGACUGGAUUUGCUAGAAGAGUAAUUGUAAGAGAACGUUGACACUGGGGAAUUGGCAGAUUUGUAAGCUGGUAAAAACAAAUAAAAAUAUUAUGCACCUUGGGACUCUGAAAGGGAUGGAUUCGACAGGUGGCAACAGACCAAGAUUGCUGGUUUGUCUAACGCCUAAGAGUGAUUGCUGCUGAGUGUCCCAGCAUCCCAAAAAUGGGGGGAGGGUAUGUGAAACCAUGAGUAAAUUUGAAAGAAAACUGGAAACUGUCUUGGCUGGGCCACUUAACAGGAACAAGUGUGAAGAGAAAUCUUUGGAAAGAACUCUUGCCCUGGAAUAAUCUUGACAAUUAAGACUAGUGUGUUUACUUUUUGUAUUGAUCACUUUUUUUGCACUCCUACUUUGUUUCGGAUAUUGUAUGCAGCCUAUAUUAGGAGCUGAUGUGGCUUUUAAAAUUCAUGCAGGAGUUGGGUAGUAAUCUGCACCCUAAAAUGUAUGGAAUGCUUCAGCCUAAAAGGAUCUAGAAGAAAAUCAAGAAGUGUGUGUGUGUAUGUGUGUGUGUGAGCGCGCACUUGUGCGUCUCAAAACUUCUCUGGAGACCUGAGGUUCGUUGAUCUGCAGAUGUCUUUGAAGAAGCAAUGAAGAUACAAUUCUAAGAGAACAUACCACCAUAUACAUGCUCUUAAAACUGUUGACUUGUAGCAUUAUGGCUGUAGUAUGUUGAUGGCAUACUAGUGGCAUCUGGUCAUGGAAAGACUGUAUUAGAUUCUAUGCACAAAUUUUUAUUAUUGGAGUGGUGGUUUGUUUUUUACAGCCUUUUGACUGUUUUCCUGAGGAAAAUUACUGUUACUAAAUAGAAUAGGACUGAGUGACUACACCUGCAUUUGAAACCAUUUUUUUGUGAGGAGAUUCUUCUGCAGGUAGUCUUAGUAUGACACACAAAAAAAAAACAACCUGUGUUUUUAGCUUUAUAGUUCCUUGAAUUUUCAGAGUGUUUCAAAGAGCUUUUUCCAUACGGUAAAGCUACAGUGACACAAAGCUCUCCUGGGGAAUAGGGCACAAAAAGAACUGUACACCUUCUGGUUGUGGUAGGGCCAUGAAAGUUUACAUGAUGAGAAGGAACAUACUGGGAAUGGAAAUAUAUUUGAUUGUAAACUAGCUGCUGGCAAUAUCAUCCAUCGAGGGAACUGGUGAUCCCUGUGUCACACACGCUAAAGCACGCCAGUACCUGUGGCAGACAAGCACAUAUCCUGCUCUGGUCCUGGUUUGUCAUCAGAACUACUUUAUUGUUAAUGUUUAAAUCGAUUAUUUAAUGUUUACACAAUAACUCUUUCUGAUGAUAAAGCAGUAUUAAAGUUAGACACGUCCCGCCUUGAUCCUCCAAUUGCAAAUAUUCUUUCAGCAAUGCAGUUGGUGCAGGAACUGCUACUGAAUUCACUUCCCAGUACUUGGUGCAUUUGGCCACAGCGAGGAUAUUCCACUCUGGGAACUUGCAGAGCGUAGCGCAGAACGGAGCAUUCUGAAGGUGGUAAAUUAUUUCCACAGGUUACUUCAUCUGUACUAAUAUUUGCCACUGGGUUUGAAAUCCUAGCCAUCUGAAAGGAUAAAGAAGGAAAACCAAUCCUAUACCUUUAGGUCUUCAUGUAGUGUUGAGAAUAGCUCAAGACAAACCAUAACCUGCCUGAGUUGUCCAUAUCAGCUUGUAACUAUGUCAAUGGUAUAGAAACACUGUAUUUUAGUUUACAGAACACAUGUAGUAUUUUUUUUUCCAUUUAAUGUCUAGAUAUUAAAAAUGAAGAAACUUGAUUUUGUUUUUAGUAGCCUUUUUUGUUUUAUUUUUUUUAAUUGUACAUAGUGAAAUGAGUGUUCCUGCUUUCUAGACAAUGUAUUUUAAAACCUUGAAAUUAAGCUAACUUAAGUCUGACUUCACUUUGCAUGCUUCUAUUUGGCCCCUAUUAGGAGAAAAAAAGAUCCUUGUAUUGACUACAUUACCAGUUAAAUAAGACCAUUUAUGCUGUAGUUUUAAGUUCUUCUGUUUACAUAGCUUAGUGACAACCAUGCAUUUUUCCCAGUAGGAGGAUAGUAUUUGCAGUGUUUCAUAUUUAUAAAAAAAAACCUUGCAUCUUAUUUAAAUUGAGACUAAAAGUUUGACUAUGAAUCAUGAUUUUUUUAUGUAGAUGGUUGACUUAGUAUUUUGUACUUUUCCCAGCUAAAGUGAGCUGUUUAGAGAAAGUGACCACCUUCAAAGUGGCAACAAUCUUACUUAAGCAGAUCACUGCUUUGUCUUCUUUCUGCUGGAAAACAGUCAAUACCACCUUAGUUUUCCAACAGAUUCAGCUGGCUGCCAGCUCAGAAUACCAAGGACUGAAGGACAUUUGACUCUUAUUUUUGUAUUUAAAUGACAUGAAUGUAAAGGGGAUGCUCAGGGUUGUUUUGGAGCCUGUUGAAUUUUUAUCUUUUUGCCUGUGAUUUUAUUUUCUAAAUAAAUACUUCAUGUAGCAAUCUUGAAUAUGUUGAGAAGGAAAAUGCCAAACCGUUUUGGUAAUGAGGUUACUAGUUAAGUUAUGUUACGAUAGGUGUUAAAGUACAAAAAACUUUUUAUUUGUUAAUUAAUCUUGAAGAAACACGUGCCUCAGUUUAGAUGUUUUGUCUUAUCUUUUCUGCACUAAAUACCUGACAGUUUGACCAAUCAAUGCACCUUUCCAGUGGCAAGACUUGCUUAUCGUAAAUUAUAUUGUCACAAUGCAAGAUUUAGUGACUGUAAAAUGGAAUAAAGUUUAAAGUUUCAGGGAAUGCAAAAGGUAUUAACUUAAGAGACAAAACCUUUAUUCAAUAUGCUUUGCUUCAUACUGUAAAUAGCUUUUUGGCUUGUGAACCUAAUUGUAAUCUUUCAGGUAUUUUUGUACAAAUAAGGGACUGAUAUUCUGUUUCUUGUAAUUAGAAAUAAACGUUAAUACAAUGCUAUUCAUUUUA